AUGCAUGUAGUUCCGCACCCCUGUGUCUCGCGAGAGCACCAUCCUCACGCCACCACGCAUCGUGUCCAUCUCACCAACUGCACCCCGUUUCUUUCUCGCUCCUCACAUUCGCUCCUCUCAUGCGCUCCUCUCAUUCGCUCCUCUCAUGCGCUCCUCUCAUUCGCUCCUCUCAUGCGCUCCUCUCAUUCGCUCCUCUCAUGCGCUCCUCUCAUUCGCUCCUCUCAUGCGCUCCUCUCAUUCGCUCCUCUCAUGCGCUCCUCUCAUUCGCUCCUCUCAUGCGCUCCUCUCAUUCGCUCCUCUCAUGCGCUCCUCUCAUUCGCUCCUCUCAUGCGCUCGUCACAUUCGCUCCUCUCAUGCGCUCCUCUCAUUCGCUCCUCUCAUGCGCUCCUCUCAUUCGCUCCUCUCAUUCGCUCCUCUCAUUCGCUCCUCUCAUGCGCUCCUCUCAUUCGCUCCUCUCAUUCGCUCCUCUCAUUCGCUCCUCUCAUGCGCUCCUCUCAUUCGCUCCUCUCAUGCGCUCCUCUCAUUCGCUCCUCUCAUUCGCUCCUCUCAUGCGCUCCUCUCAUUCGCUCCUCUCAUGCGCUCCUCUCAUUCGCUCCUCUCAUGCGCUCCUCUCAUUCGCUCCUCUCAUUCACUCCUCUCAUUCGCUCCUCUCAUGCGCUCCUCUCAUUCGCUCCUCUCAUGCGCUCAUCUCAUUCGCUCCUCUCAUGCGCUCCUCUCAUUCGCUCCUCUCAUGCGCUCCUCUCAUUCGCUCCUCUCAUGCGCUCCUCUCAUUCGCUCCUCUCAUGCGCUCCUCUCAUUCGCUCCUCUCAUGCGCUCCUCUCAUUCGCUCCUCUCAUGCGCUCCUCUCAUUCGCUCCUCUCAUGCGCUCCUCUCAUUCGCUCCUCUCAUUCGCUCCUCUCAUUCGCUCCUCUCAUUCGCUCCUCUCAUGCGCUCCUCUCAUUCGCUCCUCUCAUGCGCUCCUCUCAUUCGCUCCUCUCAUGCGCUCCUCUCAUUCGCUCCUCUCAUUCGCUCCUCUCAUUCGCUCCUCUCAUUCGCUCCUCUCAUGCGCUCCUCUCAUUCGCUCCUCUCGUUCGCUCCUCUCAUUCGCUCCUCUCAUUCGCUCCUCUCAUUCGCUCCUCUCAUUCGCUCCUCUCAUGCGCUCCUCUCAUUCGCUCCUCUCAUUCGCUCCUCUCAUUCGCUCCUCUCAUGCGCUCCUCUCAUUCGCUCCUCUCAUGCGCUCCUCUCAUUCGCUCCUCUGAUUCGCUCCUCUCAUGCGCUCCUCUCAUUCGCUCCUCUCAUGCGCUCCUCUCAUUCGCUCCUCCCAUGCGCUCCUCUCAUUCGCUCCUCUCAUGCGCUCGUCACAUUCGCUCCUCUCAUGCGCUCCUCUCAUUCGCUCCUCUCAUGCGCUCCUCUCAUUCGCUCCUCUCAUGCGCUCCUCUCAUUCGCUCCUCUCAUGCGCUCCUCUCAUUCGCUCCUCUCAUGCGCUCCUCUCAUUCGCUCCUCUCAUGCGCUCCUCUCAUUCGCUCCUCUCAUGCGCUCCUCUCAUUCGCUCCUCUCAUGCGCUCCUCUCAUUCGCUCCUCUCAUGCGCUCCUCUCAUUCGCUCCUCUCAUUCGCUCCUCUCAUUCGCUCCUCUCAUGCGCUCCUCUCAUUCGCUCCUCUCAUGCGCUCCUCUCAUUCGCUCCUCUCAUGCGCUCCUCUCAUUCGCUCCUCUCAUUCGCUCCUCUCAUUCGCUCCUCUCAUGCGCUCCUCUCAUUCGCUCCUCUCAUUCGCUCCUCUCAUUCGCUCCUCUCAUGCGCUCCUCUCAUUCGCUCCUCUCAUGCGCUCCUCUCAUUCGCUCCUCUCAUGCGCUCCUCUCAUUCGCUCCUCUCAUUCGCUCCUCUCAUUCGCUCCUCUCAUGCGCUCCUCUCAUUCGCUCCUCUCAUGCGCUCCUCUCAUUCGCUCCUCUCAUGCGCUCCUCUCAUUCGCUCCUCUCAUUCACUCCUCUCAUUCGCUCCUCUCAUGCGCUCCUCUCAUUCGCUCCUCUCAUGCGCUCAUCUCAUUCGCUCCUCUCAUGCGCUCCUCUCAUUCGCUCCUCUCAUGCGCUCCUCUCAUUCGCUCCUCUCAUGCGCUCCUCUCAUUCGCUCCUCUCAUGCGCUCCUCUCAUUCGCUCCUCUCAUGCGCUCGUCACAUUCGCUCCUCUCAUGCGCUCCUCUCAUUCGCUCCUCUCAUGCGCUCCUCUCAUUCGCUCCUCUCAUUCGCUCCUCUCAUUCGCUCCUCUCAUGCGCUCCUCUCAUUCGCUCCUCUCAUUCGCUCCUCUCAUUCGCUCCUCUCAUGCGCUCCUCUCAUUCGCUCCUCUCAUGCGCUCCUCUCAUUCGCUCCUCUCAUUCGCUCCUCUCAUGCGCUCCUCUCAUUCGCUCCUCUCAUGCGCUCCUCUCAUUCGCUCCUCUCAUGCGCUCCUCUCAUUCGCUCCUCUCAUUCAGCUCCUCUCAUUCGCUCCUCUCAUGCGCUCCUCUCAUUCGCUCCUCUCAUGCGCUCCUCUCAUUCGCUCCUCUCAUGCGCUCCUCUCAUUCGCUCCUCUCAUGCGCUCCUCUCAUGCGCUCCUCUCAUGCGCUCCUCUCAUGCGCUCCUCUCAUUCGCUCCUCUCAUGCGCUCCUCUCAUUCGCUCCUCUCAUGCGCUCCUCUCAUGCGCUCCUCUCAUUCGCUCCUCUCCCUCCUCUCAUUCGCUCCUCUCAUUCGCUCCUCUCAUUCGCUCCUCUCAUUCGCUCCUCUCAUUCGCUCCUCUCAUUCGCUCCUCUCAUGCGCUCCUCUCAUUCGCUCCUCUCAUGCGCUCCUCUCAUUCGCUCCUCUCAUGCGCUCCUCUCAUUCGCUCCUCUCAUGCGCUCCUCUCAUUCGCUCCUCUCAUUCGCUCCUGUCAUUCGCUCCUCUCAUGCGCUCCUCUCAUUCGCUCCUCUCAUGCGCUCCUCUCAUUCGCUCCUCUCAUUCGCUCCUCUCAUGCGCUCCUCUCAUUCGCUCCUCUCAUGCGCUCCUCUCAUUCGCUCCUCUCAUGCGCUCCUCUCAUUCGCUCCUCUCAUUCGCUCCUCUCAUUCGCUCCUCUCAUGCGCUCCUCUCAUUCGCUCCUCUCAUGCGCUCCUCUCAUUCGCUCCUCUCAUGCGCUCCUCUCAUUCGCUCCUCUCAUGCGCUCCUCUCAUUCGCUCCUCUCAUGCGCUCCUCUCAUUCGCUCCUCUCAUGCGCUCCUCUCAUUCGCUCCUCUCAUGCGCUCCUCUCAUUCGCUCCUCUCAUGCGCUCCUCUCAUUCGCUCCUCUCAUGCGCUCCUCUCAUUCGCUCCUCUCAUUCGCUCCUCUCAUUCGCUCCUCUCAUUCGCUCCUCUCAUGCGCUCCUCUCAUUCGCUCCUCUCAUUCGCUCCUCUCAUGCGCUCCUCUCAUUCGCUCCUCUCAUUCGCUCCUCUCAUUCGCUCCUCUCAUGCGCUCCUCUCAUUCGCUCCUCUCAUGCGCUCCUCUCAUUCGCUCCUCUCAUGCGCUCCUCUCAUUCGCUCCUCUCAUGCGCUCCUCUCAUUCGCUCCUCUCAUUCGCUCCUCUCAUUCGCUCCUCUCAUGCGCUCCUCUCAUUCGCUCCUCUCAUUCGCUCCUCUCAUUCGCUCCUCUCAUGCGCUCCUCUCAUUCGCUCCUCUCAUGCGCUCCUCUCAUUCGCUCCUCUCAUGCGCUCCUCUCAUUCGCUCCUCUCAUGCGCUCCUCUCAUUCGCUCCUCUCAUUCGCUCCUCUCAUUCGCUCCUCUCAUGCGCUCCUCUCAUUCGCUCCUCUCAUGCGCUCCUCUCAUUCGCUCCUCUCAUGCGCUCCUCUCAUUCGCUCCUCUCAUGCGCUCCUCUCAUUCGCUCCUCUCAUGCGCUCCUCUCAUUCGCUCCUCUCAUGCGCUCCUCUCAUUCGCUCCUCUCAUGCGCUCCUCUCAUUCGCUCCUCUCAUGCGCUCCUCUCAUUCGCUCCUCUCAUGCGCUCCUCUCAUUCGCUCCUCUCAUUCGCUCCUCUCAUUCGCUCCUCUCAUUCGCUCCUCUCAUUCGCUCCUCUCAUGCGCUCCUCUCAUUCGCUCCUCUCAUGCGCUCCUCUCAUUCGCUCCUCUCAUGCGCUCCUCUCAUUCGCUCCUCUCAUGCGCUCCUCUCAUUCGCUCCUCUCAUUCGCUCCUCUCAUUCGCUCCUCUCAUUCGCUCCUCUCAUUCGCUCCUCUCAUUCGCUCCUCUCAUUCGCUCCUCUCAUUCGCUCCUCUCAUUCGCUCCUCUCAUUCGCUCCUCUCAUUCGCUCCUCUCAUGCGCUCCUCUCAUUCGCUCCUCUCAUUCGCUCCUCUCAUUCGCUCCUCUCAUUCGCUCCUCUCAUUCGCUCCUCUCAUUCGCUCCUCUCAUGCGCUCCUCUCAUUCGCUCCUCUCAUUCGCUCCUCUCAUUCGCUCCUCUCAUUCGCUCCUCUCAUUCGCUCCUCUCAUUCGCUCCUCUCAUGCGCUCCUCUCAUUCGCUCCUCUCAUGCGCUCCUCUCAUUCGCUCCUCUCAUGCGCUCCUCUCAUUCGCUCCUCUCAUGCGCUCCUCUCAUCCUCUAUUCGCUCCUCUCAUGCGCUCCUCUCAUUCGCUCCUCUCAUGCGCUCCUCUCAUUCGCUCCUCUCAUGCGCUCCUCUCAUUCGCUCCUCUCAUGCGCUCCUCUCAUUCGCUCCUCUCAUGCGCUCCUCUCAUUCGCUCCUCUCAUGCGCUCCUCUCAUUCGCUCCUCUCAUGCGCUCCUCUCAUUCGCUCCUCUCAUGCGCUCCUCUCAUUCGCUCCUCUCAUGCGCUCCUCUCAUUCGCUCCUCUCAUGCGCUCCUCUCAUUCGCUCCUCUCAUGCGCUCCUCUCAUUCGCUCCUCUCAUUCGCUCCUCUCAUUCGCUCCUCUCAUGCGCUCCUCUCAUUCGCUCCUCUCAUUCGCUCCUCUCAUUCGCUCCUCUCAUGCGCUCCUCUCAUUCGCUCCUCUCAUGCGCUCCUCUCAUUCGCUCCUCUGAUUCGCUCCUCUCAUGCGCUCCUCUCAUUCGCUCCUCUCAUGCGCUCCUCUCAUUCGCUCCUCCCAUGCGCUCCUCUCAUUCGCUCCUCUCAUGCGCUCCUCUCAUUCGCUCCUCCCAUGCGCUCCUCUCAAUUCGCUCCUCUCAUGCGCUCCUCUCAUUCGCUCCUCUCAUGCGCUCCUCUCAUUCGCUCCUCUCAUUCGCUCCUCUCAUUCGCUCCUCUGAUUCGCUCCUCUCAUGCGCUCCUCUCAUUCGCUCCUCUCAUUCGCUCCUCUCAUUCGCUCCUCUCAUUCGCUCUCUCAUUCGCUCCUCUCAUUCGCUCCUCUCAUGCGCUCCUCUCAUUCGCUCCUCUCAUUCGCUCCUCUCAUUCGCUCCUCUCAUUCGCUCCUCUCAUUCGCUCCUCUCAUUCGCUCCUCUCAUGCGCUCCUCUCAUUCGCUCCUCUCAUUCGCUCCUCUCAUUCGCUCCUCUCAUGCGCUCCUCUCAUUCGCUCCUCUCAUGCGCUCCUCUCAUUCGCUCCUCUGAUUCGCUCCUCUCAUGCGCUCCUCUCAUUCGCUCCUCUCAUGCGCUCCUCUCAUUCGCUCCUCCCAUGCGCUCCUCUCAUUCGCUCCUCUCAUGCGCUCCUCUCAUUCGCUCCUCUCAUGCGCUCCUCUCAUUCGCUCCUCUCAUGCGCUCCUCUCAUUCGCUCCUCUCAUGCGCUCCUCUCAUUCGCUCCUCUCAUGCGCUCCUCUCAUUCGCUCCUCUCAUGCGCUCCUCUCAUUCGCUCCUCUCAUGCGCUCCUCUCAUUCGCUCCUCUCAUGCGCUCCUCUCAUUCGCUCCUCUCAUGCGCUCCUCUCAUUCGCUCCUCUCAUGCGCUCCUCUCAUUCGCUCCUCUCAUGCGCUCCUCUCAUUCGCUCCUCUCAUUCGCUCCUCUCAUUCGCUCCUCUCAUUCGCUCCUCUCAUGCGCUCCUCUCAUUCGCUCCUCUCAUUCGCUCCUCUCAUUCGCUCCUCUCAUUCGCUCCUCUCAUUCGCUCCUCUCAUUCGCUCCUCUCAUUCGCUCCUCUCACUCGCUCCUCUCAUGCGCUCCUCUCAUUCGCUCCUCUCAUUCGCUCCUCUCAUUCGCUCCUCUCAUGCGCUCCUCUCAUUCGCUCCUCUCAUGCGCUCCUCUCAUUCGAUCCUCUCAUUCGCUCCUCUCAUUCGCUCCUCUCAUGCGCUCCUCUCAUUCGCUCCUCUCAUGCGCUCCUCUCAUUCGCUCCUCUCAUGCGCUCCUCUCAUUCGCUCCUCUCAUGCGCUCGUCACAUUCGCUCCUCUCAUGCGCUCCUCUCAUUCGCUCCUCUCAUGCGCUCCUCUCAUUCGCUCCUCUCAUGCGCUCCUCUCAUUCGCUCCUCUCAUGCGCUCCUCUCAUUCGCUCCUCUCAUGCGCUCCUCUCAUUCGCUCCUCUCAUGCGCUCCUCUCAUUCGCUCCUCUCAUGCGCUCCUCUCAUUCGCUCCUCUCAUGCGCUCCUCUCAUUCGCUCCUCUCAUGCGCUCCUCUCAUUCGCUCCUCUCAUUCGCUCCUCUCAUUCGCUCCUCUCAUGCGCUCCUCUCAUUCGCUCCUCUCAUGCGCUCCUCUCAUUCGCUCCUCUCAUGCGCUCCUCUCAUUCGCUCCUCUCAUUCGCUCCUCUCAUUCGCUCCUCUCAUGCGCUCCUCUCAUUCGCUCCUCUCAUGCGCUCCUCUCAUUCGCUCCUCUCAUGCGCUCCUCUCAUUCGCUCCUCUCAUUCGCUCCUCUCAUUCGCUCCUCUCAUUCGCUCCUCUCAUGCGCUCCUCUCAUUCGCUCCUCUCAUUCGCUCCUCUCAUUCGCUCCUCUCAUUCGCUCCUCUCAUGCGCUCCUCUCAUUCGCUCCUCUCAUUCGCUCCUCUCAUUCGCUCCUCUCAUGCGCUCCUCUCAUUCGCUCCUCUCAUGCGCUCCUCUCAUUCGCUCCUCUCAUGCGCUCCUCUCAUUCGCUCCUCUCAUUCGCUCCUCUCAUUCGCUCCUCUCAUUCGCUCCUCUCAUGCGCUCCUCUCAUUCGCUCCUCUCAUGCGCUCGUCUCAUUCGCUCCUCUCAUGCACUCCUCUCAUUCGCUCCUCUCAUUCGCUCCUCUCAUUCGCUCCUCUCAUGCGCUCCUCUCAUUCGCUCCUCUCAUGCGCUCCUCUCAUUCGCUCCUCUCAUGCGCUCCUCUCAUUCGCUCCUCUCAUGCGCUCCUCUCAUUCGCUCCUCUCAUGCGCUCCUCUCAUUCGCUCCUCUCAUGCGCUCCUCUCAUUCGCUCCUCUCAUGCGCUCCUCUCAUUCGCUCCUCUCAUGCGCUCCUCUCAUUCGCUCAUCUCAUGCGCUCCUCUCAUUCGCUCCUCUCAUGCGCUCCUCUCAUUCGCUCCUCUCAUGCGCUCGUCACAUUCGCUCCUCUCAUGCGCUCCUCUCAUUCGCUCCUCUCAUGCGCUCCUCUCAUUCGCUCCUCUCAUGCGCUCCUCUCAUUCGCUCCUCUCAUGCGCUCCUCUCAUUCGCUCCUCUCAUGCGCUCCUCUCAUUCGCUCCUCUCAUUCGCUCCUCUCAUUCGCUCCUCUCAUGCGCUCCUCUCAUUCGCUCCUCUCAUGCGCUCCUCUCAUUCGCUCCUCUCAUGCGCUCCUCUCAUUCGCUCCUCUCAUUCGCUCCUCUCAUUCGCUCCUCUCAUGCGCUCCUCUCAUUCGCUCCUCUCAUGCGCUCCUCUCAUUCGCUCCUCUCAUUCGCUCCUCUCAUGCGCUCCUCUCAUUCGCUCCUCUCAUUCGCUCCUCUCAUUCGCUCCUCUCAUGCGCUCCUCUCAUGCGCUCCUCUCAUGCGCUCCUCUCAUGCGCUCCUCUCAUUCGCCCCUCUCAUGCGCUCCUCUCAUUCGCUCCUCUCAUGCGCUCCUCUCAUUCGCUCCUCUCAUUCGCUCCUCUCAUGCGCUCCUCUCAUUCGCUCCUCUCAUUCGCUCCUCUCAUUCGCUCCUCUCAUGCGCUCCUCUCAUUCGCUCCUCUCAUGCGCUCCUCUCAUUCGCUCCUCUCAUGCGCUCCUCUCAUUCGCUCCUCUCAUGCGCUCCUCUCAUUCGCUCCUCUCAUGCGCUCGUCACAUUCGCUCCUCUCAUGCGCUCCUCUCACUCGCUCCUCUCAUGCGCUCCUCUCAUUCGCUCCUCUCAUUCGCUCCUCUCAUUCGCUCCUCUCAUUCGCUCCUCUCAUUCACUCCUCUCAUGCGCUCCUCUCAUUCGCUCCUCUCAUUCGCUCCUCUCAUUCGCUCCUCUCAUGCGCUCUCUCAUUCGCUCCUCUCAUUCGCUCCUCUCAUUCGCUCCUCUCAUUCGCUCCUCUCAUGCGCUCCUCUCAUUCGCUCCUCUCAUUCGCUCCUCUCAUUCGCUCCUCUCAUGCGCUCCUCUCAUUCGCUCCUCUCAUGCGCUCCUCUCAUUCGCUCCUCUCAUUCGCUCCUCUCAUUCGCUCCUCUCAUGCGCUCCUCUCAUUCGCUCCUCUCAUGCGCUCCUCUCAUUCGCUCCUCUCAUGCGCUCCUCUCAUUCGCUCCUCUCAUUCGCUCCUCUCAUUCGCUCCUCUCAUGCGCUCCUCUCAUUCGCUCCUCUCAUGCGCUCCUCUCAUUCGCUCCUCUCAUGCGCUCCUCUCAUUCGCUCCUCUCAUGCGCUCCUCUCAUUCGCUCCUCUCAUGCGCUCCUCUCAUUCGCUCCUCUCAUGCGCUCCUCUCAUUCGCUCCUCUCAUGCGCUCCUCUCAUUCGCUCCUCUCAUGCGCUCCUCUCAUUCGCUCCUCUCAUGCGCUCCUCUCAUUCGCUCCUCUCAUUCGCUCCUCUCAUUCGCUCCUCUCAUUCGCUCCUCUCAUGCGCUCCUCUCAUUCGCUCCUCUCAUGCGCUCCUCUCAUUCGCUCCUCUCAUGCGCUCCUCUCAUUCGCUCCUCUCAUUCGCUCCUCUCAUUCGCUCCUCUCAUUCGCUCCUCUCAUGCGCUCCUCUCAUUCGCUCCUCUCAUUCGCUCCUCUCAUUCGCUCCUCUCAUUCGCUCCUCUCAUUCGCUCCUCUCAUUCGCUCCUCUCAUGCGCUCCUCUCAUUCGCUCCUCUCAUUCGCUCCUCUCAUUCGCUCCUCUCAUGCGCUCCUCUCAUUCGCUCCUCUCAUGCGCUCCUCUCAUUCGCUCCUCUGAUUCGCUCCUCUCAUGCGCUCUUCUCAUUCGCUCCUCUCAUGCGCUCCUCUCAUUCGCUCCUCCCAUGCGCUCCUCUCAUUCGCUCCUCUCAUGCGCUCGUCACAUUCGCUCCUCUCAUGCGCUCCUCUCAUUCGCUCCUCUCAUGCGCUCCUCUCAUUCGCUCCUCUCAUGCGCUCCUCUCAUUCGCUCCUCUCAUGCGCUCCUCUCAUUCGCUCCUCUCAUGCGCUCCUCUCAUUCGCUCCUCUCAUGCGCUCCUCUCAUUCGCUCCUCUCAUGCGCUCCUCUCAUUCGCUCCUCUCAUGCGCUCCUCUCAUUCGCUCCUCUCAUGCGCUCCUCUCAUUCGCUCCUCUCAUUCGCUCCUCUCAUUCGCUCCUCUCAUGCGCUCCUCUCAUUCGCUCCUCUCAUGCGCUCCUCUCAUUCGCUCCUCUCAUGCGCUCCUCUCAUUCGCUCCUCUCAUUCGCUCCUCUCAUUCGCUCCUCUCAUGCGCUCCUCUCAUUCGCUCCUCUCAUGCGCUCCUCUCAUUCGCUCCUCUCAUGCGCUCCUCUCAUUCGCUCCUCUCAUUCGCUCCUCUCAUUCGCUCCUCUCAUGCGCUCCUCUCAUUCGCUCCUCUCAUGCGCUCCUCUCAUUCGCUCCUCUCAUUCGCUCCUCUCAUUCGCUCCUCUCAUGCGCUCCUCUCAUUCGCUCCUCUCAUGCGCUCCUCUCAUUCGCUCCUCUCAUGCGCUCCUCUCAUGCGCUCCUCUCAUUCGCCCCUCUCAUGCGCUCCUCUCAUUCGCUCCUCUCAUGCGCUCCUCUCAUUCGCUCCUCUCAUGCGCUCCUCUCAUUCGCUCCUCUCAUUCGCUCCUCUCAUUCGCUCCUCUCAUUCGCUCCUCUCUUGCGCUCCUCUCUUGCGCUCCUCUCACGUGCCAGGCACGCAGCUAGCGCAGCUGGGCGCGUGGGACGCACACGGCACGCCUUCCCCACCCGCCACCACUGCAGGUGGAGGGGAAGGGACCGAGAGAGAGGAGGGAAAUGCGGCAUCUGGAUUGCAUGGUGAUUCGAAAGAGGGAGGGGAGGGAGUAGGAGGAGGGGAGGGAGUUGGUCGGGAUGGAGUUUCCAGGAAGGUACUGGGGGGAGUGAGGCAGGCGGCGCUGGUGUGUGGGGAUGGCAUGCUGGUGAGCUACGCGUGGAAGCGCCACAUCGCUGCUCAUGCCGCCACCACCGCUGCCAAGCGCACCGGAGGCGCCCUCCCCUCUCUGCGCCCAUCGGUUCCUCGUCCCUGCAUGCAUCUCGCCGUCCUCCUCCAAACCGAAUGCGCCGCUGCUCCCCUGCGUUCCCAUCUCACUACCACACCACGGGCCACGGCCACUUCAUGCAUCUUGUUCAACUAUUCUUCUUCUCUUCCCUCUCCCCAUUUCCCCUUCCCCCUAGUGGCGCUCGCGGCAUUUCAGCGCCACAGGCAGCGCUGCUUCCCGGCCCUCGCGGCGCCGCCUCUCACGCUCGCUGCACUCGCCCGCCACCUCGCCCACCGACCCACAGCCUGCCCUGCUGACGCCACGGCACUGCCUGCUGCUGCUGCUGCUGCUGCUGCUGGCAGUGGUGGCGGGGGGAAGGUGCAGGUAGCAGGUGGUGAUGAAAGUGGGGAAGGCACAUGCGCUGCCACCGAUGCUGCCACUGCCGCUACUGCCCCUCAUGCUGCUGCUGCUGCUGCUGCUGCUGCUGCUGCUGCUGCUGCUGCUGCAACAACACGCUCAGAAGGAGCAGCAGAAGCCACCUCCGUCAACACAGGUGCUUCUGGGGAAGGUACUCCUGCAGCUGCUGCCGAUACGCCUGCUGCCGCUUCCGAAGCUGGCCGCGAUGGCCCGGGACCAGGGUUGGGCCGAGCCACCCCACCAGCAGGCUUGGGGGUGAUGGGGGCGCUAGGUGCGGUUGGACUCGGUCGGGGGAGGGUGGGGGGACUGGUUCGCGGCCUUGGGGCGUUUGGGCGGAUGGGGGGGAUAGGAGGAAGUAUAGGGGGGAGUAUUGGGGGAAUGGGGGCAGGGGCGGGGGGGGGUGUGGGGGGGGGGAAUGCAAUGGAGGCGGAUGACCUGGGGGGGGGCGAUGAGAUGAUGAUGCUGGGGGGGGACUUUGGCGGCGAGGACAUGGACGUGGAUGUGGAUGGGCGCGGCGCGGCCGAUGGGGGGGACGGGGGAGGCGCUCAGGCAGAGGAGCAGGAGGCAGGUGGGACGGAGGGAGAGGGAAUGGGAGGCGUGGAGAGGAAUGAAGGGCGAAGGCCGGUCUCUGGUACUGGGGAAGGAGGUGGGGAAGGGGGAGAAGGGCGUGGGGUGGAAAAAGCAGAGGGGGCAGGGGCGAAGGGAGGUGAAGGGGGGAAUGAAAGCAAGGUAGGGCGUGCGGGUGGGGUGACAGGAAAAUCAAUGAGUGGUGGUGAUGUUGGCGCUGGCAGUGUGGGUGGCACUGGCGACACUGAUGCUCCUGGUGCUGCUCAUGCGCAUGCUGGCGCAGCGGGAGCCAAGGCCGUGAAGAGGAGGCGGGGCGAGGGGGGUGGCGGGGAGGGCGGCAUGGAGGGGAGCAGCGACCCCGUGCUGCGCGGUGUGCUGCAGCGCGUGCGCGUGGCGUGCCCCUCCUUGCACCUCGCCCUGCUGCGCCGCUCCUCCUGGCCGACCCACCUCAUGGGGCACACCGGCACAUGCGCUGCUGCUGUGCAUGAUGGGGGGGGGAGGGCAGGGCGAAUGGAGAGGGGGGAGAGAGACGAGGGAGGAGAGAACAGGGAGAGGGAGAAGGGGCAAGUGAAGAAGGAGAAAGUGGAGCAGGAGCAAGGAGAGGCGACAGAAGAAGCACCCCCUUCAAGAAAAGCUCCUUUAGAACUGCAAGCCUCGCCCGCUCAAAGACGAGGGCUGGGGCAAGGGGGAGCCCAGGUCGUGUGUCCUCCAGGAGUGAUUGAGGCGAGGGUUCCUGGAGCCUUCCGUGCAGUGAUCUCCCUCAUGCCAGCUGGCAGCUCACGAGUGGAUGGGGUCGCUGUGUUUGGGACAAACGAGGUGGGGCCGCACGUGCAUGCAUGGGGGCAGUCACACCACAUGGCCUUCCAGCUCAUAACUGCACAAGCACGGCAAGCGGUGCACAAGCUGCGCUGUGCUGCCUCAACGCAUCCCUCCGCAGGAGCAUGCAGCACUCCGCCUCUGCAAGGCCUGCUGGUGAGACCUCUUCAACCCGCUCCCUUCCUCGUGUGA